CUGCGGGGAAAAGGCACAUCCAACAGCUUUACAUGCUCGCCUCCAUACUGCCGAUUAUUGACCCUCAUUUAUGGGAUUUGUUGGUUUUAUUUUAGCACGAGGACGUCCAGGAGGGUGGGCACAGACGAAUAUCUGAAUCAGCUCUCCUCUUCGAUCAUUUAUGAUUUAUUAUCGAGAUGAUAUGAAUGUCAUUCGGUCAAGGUCCGCGCUCCUGGUGCAACAGCCACGGCUGCAUUUCCAGGCUUCCGAUGGUGAACAUCUGCCGCAAGCGUUUGGAUGAAUCUCUGCGUGUUUUUCCAGCGUUUACAGGCUGAAUGAGACAGGAUUGAGAUUGCUGGAGCAGCGUGGGAAUGACAUGCUGCAGUAAAGACGAGAAAGUGGAAUAAAUAUUAACACCAUGGAUGAGGAAGCAUUGAGGAUGUGACUGCGGCUCUUUAAAACCAAGAGAAAAUGCUCUGACAGUCGUCGCCUGGUGCAGAAAUCUUUUAUAUUUAUGAGCAAGUCUCCUUUUUUUCGCUAUGGGCUGUGCCACAUUGUUUAAACCGUUUCUCUAAGAGCGCAACAUCCCAUCAAACCCAGCCAUAUUAUUGUGAAACAGUUGAAAAACUAACACCCGUAGAGGACGGAGGACUGGUCCGAGCAGGAGGCACCAUGUCGGCGGUGAUGAUAACACGGAAGGUGCGGAAAUGGGAGAAGCUCCCGGGGAAGAACACUUUCUGCUGCGACGGCCGGGUGAUGAUGGCCCGGCAGAAAGGAGUCUUCUACCUGACCCUGUUCCUCAUCGUGGGGACCUGCUCCCUCUUCUUCGCCUUCGAGUGUCCGUACCUGGCCAUCCAUCUGUCCCCUGCUAUCCCAGUCUUCGCUGCCGUGCUCUUCCUCUUUGUCAUGGCCAUGCUUCUGAGGACAAGCUUCAGUGACCCUGGGGUGCUGCCGCGGGCCCUGCCGGAGGAGGCAGCAUUCAUUGAGAUGGAAAUUGAGGCUGCAAACGGGAACGUCCCCGCAGGGCAGAGGCCGCCGCCUCGAAUCCGCAACGUCCAGAUCAACAACCAGAUCGUCAAACUGAAGUACUGCUACACGUGCAAGAUCUUCCGACCGCCUCGUGCAUCUCACUGCAGCAUCUGCGACAACUGUGUCGACCGUUUUGAUCACCACUGUCCAUGGGUGGGCAACUGUGUGGGCAAGAGGAACUACAGAUACUUCUACUUGUUCACCAUGUCGCUUUCCCUGCUCACCAUUUACAUCUUCACCUUCAACAUCGUGCACGUCGUCAUGCGUUCGGUGGAUAAUGGUUUUCUGAACACUUUGAAGGAAACACCUGGAACUGUGCUGGAGGUGCUGGUUUGUUUCUUCACUCUGUGGUCGGUGGUUGGUCUGACCGGCUUCCAUACCUACCUGAUCUCACUCAACCAGACCACCAAUGAGGACAUUAAAGGAUCCUGGUCGGGGAAAAACCGAGUCCAGAACCCCUACAGCCACAAGAACAUCAUCAAAAACUGCUGUGAGGUUCUCUGUGGACCGACAUAUCCUAGCGUCUUGGACAGAAGAGGACUGAUGCAGGACGAUUUACCCGUUUCUGCAACGCCUGCUGAACCGCCCUCCUGCUCCGAUGACUCUUCUAGCAGCAGCAACCCAGCGACACAAACCACGCAUGCUGUCCUCUGCCUUCAGAAAGCCACAGCUCCUCUCAUCCCCAACGAGCACACACCUGAUGAUGCCAAACCCAGCAUUGCUGACUCAUCAGAUAAAAGCCCCUCCCCCAAGGAGGAGCCUUCCCCUGUGGAGAGAGUCCCGCCCCUGGCUUCCCCUGAGACCGACGCUGAAACCUCCAUCGCCAAGGACAAGUCCCAUUAGCUGCAUUAAGGGGGUGGGGUCUCAGCAUAAACCCUCCUCCAGGAUCCUGUAACAUUAAUAAUCAUAAUGUGAUUCCUGCGCGGGUGACUCUGUUUUUCCUGCUCUACAUUCCACCAAGAGAGCUGCAGCAGCUCCUCCUCCUCCUCCUCCAUCCUCUCCUCAGCAGACGCCGCAGAGCUGUUUGACUGACACUUGCUCCUGCAGCAGGAGGAGGGGUUUAAUGGAGAGUCAGCUGCUUGGUCUGUCUCCUGAACACUGCAUGGAAAAGACACAGGGGGAGACGUGCAGAACUCCUCAAGCAUCCCCACAGCUCACCUGUGAGCUGCUCUGAUUGUUUUCAUUCUUUAUUUAAAACUGUAUGAUGACAUUUAUUGUUAACGGCCAGUUCAGUAUACUCCUGCAAGUCUCUGGCAAAGACAAUAUAACACAUGGACAUGUGUAAACUCCAUACAUACGGUUGGUUUCUGUUGUGUGCUCAUUACAUGCCCUAUGCAAGCCAUGAGAAGGCUGGACUAGACUAAUGAGAAGGGUUGAAGCUGUGAGUCUGUGAGUACACAUGAUGUUAAGGCAGGAAGAGGAGACGCAAAUCCUGAGCUGACGGAUCCUUUCAAGUCCAAACCAACCCUGUAUUCUGAUAUUGCUGCAACCAGUACUGUUGUAACAUGUGUACAUCUUUCUUUACUCUCAAAGUGAUCGGAUCCAGACCUGUCCUUCCAUUUUUAUAUAAUCAAGGAUGUAGUGAGAUGUCAGUGCGCUGAAAUACAUGAAACAGUUUAGUCAGAGCCGUGUCGUGUGAGUGUGAAGGCCUGACUCCUGAUAUUAGACACUAGUGUUAACAGUGCCUUAUCAAAUGCAACUAAAAGCAGCAGAGAAGCCCUUGUAAUCUGUUCAAACUGCUGAUACAGUGUUAAAGAAGAUCUAAUGUUGAGUCCAGUGGUUCCCAACUGAGGGUUUGAGACCCCUUAACAGGGUGAAGGAGGUUGAAAUAAUUACUCUUUUUUUAAUAUUUAUAUUAUUGGGGGUAUGUGGCAUCUCCAAGCAUCCACAUCAGCUAAGCUACAUCCCAUAUUUGUUUUGUUUGUUUGCAAAGACUGAUUCACUACUACUGCCUUUUCUAUAUCCUAAAUCAGGCCUGGGCAGUAGGCUCUUUGUAGAUGUCGUCAUGCAGCAGCCAAGAACUCCCCUUGGGGCAAGCAGUGAUUUCUGCAUAGAGACAUGCUACUGAAAACACCAUGAUUAGAGCUGUUUAUGACUAUGCCGAGUGUUCAGAGUGCCAAAAUGCAGACAUUCUUAAUUCUUAAGCUACUUUAGCAUCCCGAAAGUAGUGAAAUAUUCCGGCAAAAAAUAAAAGAAGGUUAAAAAACUUGCAGAGAAAUGGCAGCCUCCACCUGGAGGAGUCGCUGGUGUAGUGUUUCACAAACCGGUCUGGUUUGGUUCAGUAUAGUUUUGCCACAGUUUAGCUCUGACCUUACCCAUGUUUCCUCAGCUAGUGUCCGCAUCACCAACCUCCAGUCUCGCUGGUUUUGAUGGGAAAUCCCUCUCUUAAAGAGAUCCACAUCAUUUGGCCCCUGCUCGGUAGAGCUGGUUGUUUGGCUCCCAAACGGCUCUUCAUUAGGUACCAGUUUGGCUUUUUAAAUACAGAUUAAAUAACGACAAAGGCUGGAGGAAAGAAAACUGGUACUCAAACAGGAGCUAGCAGUGGCUUACAUUGAAGAGGUGUUUUGUAGCACAGGCUCGUUUGUGAAUGCCUACCAAAGCAUGUUUGUGACAAAAUCAGGUUUUUUAUUAACUAGCUGACAAAAUGUGUUUGUCUGCUCUUUAUGGAAAUAUUGCAACAUUAAGCAAGAAAGAAAAUCAAUCAAACGUAAAUUAGGGUUGGUGGUUUCAUGCCAUAUCACCCUACCCUCCUUUAAAUACUACGGUUAACACUACAGCCUAGAAUAAAUGCUAUUAACAGCCUGCAAAUGAACAUAAAACUCUGUACUUAUUCUUGUUGUUUAAAAAGUAACAGAGCUAGUCUGAAAUGCUCCUAAAUGUUCAGGUAUUUUAUUUAUAGAAAGUAAAUUAAAAUAAGAAUGUUUUUGAUUGAUAUUAGAAAAAUGUUGAUUUCCCCCUUGAAAUAAUGUUGACAUUCUUACUUAAGGAUUAACAGAAAUGGCCAGGAAUAAAUUGUGUUAAAACUGAUUAUAAUUUGUAGAUGUAUGCAAUAUGUGAAAGGUAGUAGUCCCUCUUUUUUGGGGUCACAAGCUUCAAAGUUGGGAACCACUGAACGAGAUGUCAUAAAGCAAAAACUAAGCAAAGCCAUUGUUGCAGUGUAAAUAGUUUUAGCAAGAUAAAGUUAAAUGAAACCCUCUCAGCUUGCAGGUGAGGAGGAAAGUUUAGUUUUAUUUAUUUAGUUAAAGUGUAUGUGCAGCCUUUGCUAUGAAGCUGCCUGUGAGCUCAAUCACUUCCUCCUGUAAAUCCCUCCUGAGCCUAUCUUCCUCUUCGUCUUCUCCUCCCUCUUUGAAAACUCCUAUUAACUCCACUCCUCCUCCUCAUUACGUCUCUGCUGUGACAGUCACUACUACAGCACGCCCCAGGCCCCUGCAGCCGACUUUGGCAGGCUCAUUAUCGCAGAGAAUAAAGCCGAGGCAGAGAGAAAGACGUUCAAUGCUUUUUUUUUUUGACAUUGUAUUUCAGACAGAGCACAGCCUGUAGUGUGGCUUCUUUGGAGUUGUUUUGUUUUGGUCACUGGAGGGGACAUGUGAGCGAAAGGCAGGGUUUAUUCUUGGUAUUUAAAUGAUGUUAGCUGAUAGCAAGAGUUUGUAGUAGUGAGUGUUCAUAUGCGAGACAGAGUCAGUGUUAGUGAAUUAUACUCGUGUAGAAAUUUUUGUGUGUCAACAGCAGAAAUAAAAUGAUUUAUUCCAAGACUUAAGGCAGUCAGCGUUUCUGCAGAUCUCCUGAAAUCUUUAACCCAAAACCAAUGGCCAAACAAAGACAGGAAAUAAGUUGUAUUAGUGUAAAAGCUGAAAUAUUUUUGAUCUGUGUUGAAGCAGUUUGAAGGAAAAAUAUUGUACAGUUAUAAAGUGCACUACUGGGCAGGAAGGAGGAUUGACACAACCCAUAUUAUGCUCUGGAUGCCUUUGUGUAUCACCAGGGGCAUGGGGAAAUAAUAUGUUUAGAUAAAGUCCACUCCUUUAGGGCGGAGCAAGGGAUGGGUGUGGUGAUGAGCAUGGCCUAGGGUACUGUCCAGGCAGGCUGUAGGGGUUGCCAUGAGCCCCUGGGCAUGCUGUGGAUGUCUCAAGGCCCCAAAAGUUGCUGCUGGUCUCUGGACGUAUUACUAGGGGUGAAAAAGCCUUGACAAAAAGAUGCCAUCUAGCUUGACCUUGGCUACCCAGCGACACAAGUUUGUGUUGACAACAUCUCUCACAUCUGCCCCAUGAUGAAUGCAAAGCAUCCCACAAGCCUGAAACAUAUGCAAAGUGUAUCUGUAGGAGCAGUGUUUGGCCUCUUUUUAAAUGGAAAUUAGUUCAUGCAAUUUGCAUUUAUUCUAUUUUGUCCAAGGCCCUAGGCAGACAUGCAUCUAUACAAUUUAUUUACUCCAUUUUCCCAUGAUGAUGAGUUUAUUUAUCCCAUUAUCUCAGGCUGACAGUGCCACUUUCUCUAUUGCAAGGGAAUAUUUCCUCAUUUUGCAGGAUAUCAAAGCUUGUUUUCUUGAGGUAAUUCUUUAGCUAUCCAGAAAACCUAAUCUGGUCGCUGUAACAGAAUCAAUCAUAACUUAUCAUGCUGACAUUACCCAAAAUAAUGAGGGGAAUUUAGACUAUUUGUUUGCUUAGUGCUUUUGCAACUGGGAGGAUUCAAGAUCGAUAAGUUGAGAUCUUGAGAAAGCAACUGGAAAUGAUUUGUUACCUCUAGGGAGGUGACGGUAUCAAACUCUCAUGGUAUGAUAAUACCUUGGUAUUAAGUCCACAGCAUGGUAUUUAUUGCGGUAACAAAAAAAAAAAAUCAAAAUCAACAAAUGAAGACUUGGAAAAAAGUGAUGGCAGCAUUUAUUAACAAACAGUUGUACUUUGAAUACUACAAUAUGUGCAAAAAAAGGUGUUCAUUAGGUUUGAAAUAUCUAUUUUAUACUUUGGCGUGUUCUCUAACCUUCUAAAACCUUUAUUGUCCAUCACUGAAAACAACAGUAGGUUUUGGGGAUUUAGUCACUGACACACCCUUUGCUUUGUAGAGCCCUUGGUGUGUUGUGGUGAAGUAGGAUUGUGAACGCUUUCUCCUCACAUCUUCACAAAUCUUUUCAGGGUGAUGUUUUGCCAAGUGGCUCCUCAUGUCACUCGUAUUCCCCAUCAAAUGUGUCACCGCACUCAGACAGUGUCUGCAUAUUGGUUUUUGUUUGUCCGUCAGGGAAACCAAAAUGCUUCCACACGUCAGAUUUAAAAGUCGCUGGAGCCUCCACAAUCCCACUCACCACUUGUAGUAUACCCACCAUUUUUGCAUACCCAUCAAGGAUGAUGGGUAUGCAAGGGGUGAUGGUAACUGUAGCUCCCACUUCCCUUCACUCUGUUCUACUAAACUACACUUUUUGCCUUGCAGACCUAACGUUUGAACCGUCACGUCCAUGACGGUAUAGAGACGCUUCUGUUACCAUGAUACCGUGAAAUCAACAAUACCAUUAGAUCUCUAGUUACCACAGAAAAAAGGAGUAAAUAAAAUAUAUGGAAGCACAUCCACUUAGGCCUUAUGUACAAAACUAUUAAAAAAACCUGCAAACAGGCAAAUCUCUGUCUGUUGAUCCACUCUGAGUGAAUCCUCUUCCUUCUGUUUACUGCCCCACACCGAGGGUAAUCCUGGAAAGUGUGCAGCGAUGUUUUUCCUGAAGACAGGAAUCUGCUGAGUAUUUGUUCUUAAAACUUCCAAAUGAAAAACAAAGAUAGGUUUGUUAAGUUUUUAUGGAAGCCUUCAGAGACGGUUUGGUGUACUUGGUCGCUUUGCAUUGCUGUCAGUGAGAAGCAAGAAUGUAUGUGAUUGAUAUUUACUAAAUGAAGGGACGUUUGUGUUGAAACUGUGUUGAAAAAGCAGAUUUUAAAGGGAUGGUUGAACCUUGAAUUUUGAGCUCUGAAGGUUUCCAGGCGCUGGAGCUGAGUGUAGCUCUUGUAUGUAUGAACUGUUAACGCCAUGAUGUGGUCAGAUCUGAAUGCUCUGAUCAAUCUAUUACAUAAUGUAUACAGAUACAGUAAUAUAUCAUUGAUGGAACUCUUUAUUUAUGUUCACUUUGUUUAGUAUCAACACUGUGACUACAUGUAUUUCAUUCA